AUGCGCCGUGUGGGUCUCUCAGCCUGCGGGGUUUUUUUCCGUGGCGCACACGGAAGCCGCACGCAGUACCGCUGCGCCGUGCUGCCGCCCGUAGACCGCGUCGGCGGCGCAGGCGAAGAGGAGUCUCCCCGCACCUCCUACCGCUUUGCGGUGAGGGAUGAGGAGCGGGGCCUGUACGAUCACGGCCUCGACCCGGACGCGCGGCUUCUCAUGGCGGAGGCGGAGGCGCAGUACAAGGCGAGCGCCGACUACCUGCACGCCCCGCCGGGCGGUCUGCCCCCUCCAGAGCUGCGCUUGGACGCGGAGGGGGCGACAGUCUCGUGCAUCGCCGCCCCCUUCGCGGAGGAGUACGUGCCGUCUCACAAGGAGCGUUACGCCCACCGUGGGCACGUGGGCGAGCUCAGCAUGCAGCGCGCUGUGGAGCGGAAGUUUCUGCUCAACGCACAUGCGGAGUUAAACCUGCGCAAGGAACGCCAGCUGUGCGAGAUGAUGUCCUCCCCAAUGCCGUCGCUCCAAAAGGCUGGGGAAGUGGAACGUUUGCUGCAUGACUUUUACCUCCAGCGGCUAGCCCUCUCUCCCCGCAACGUGGAGGCCAUUGUCGCUCUAUGGGCGCAGUGCAGCGUGGAGGAACGCCUCGCAGGACGGGCGCAGGUGCCGCAGUUGACGUCGUCUACUUCCGCUGGGGAGAGGGGUGUUGAUUCCGUGGCCGCCGUUGAUGCGGUGCCAUUUUUGCCUGCCAUGAAGCGACUGUACUUUCAUGCCCGUCAGACGCACGUUGCCCCCACGCCGCUGGUCCUUGAGUGCCUCAUGACGACACUGGCGGCUGUGAGCGCACCAGACAGCCGUGUCUUUCACCUUUCCAAUCGUUUACUCCUAGACGCUGACAAGUACGUUGUGCUGCCAACUCGCACGACGUAUGCCGCGUUUUUUGCCAUCUGCAGUCUCCACAACGCCAUGUCCUUUGCCGUGGCCCGCUUCAAGGAUGCUGUGGUGAACCUGCACGUUGCCGUGGACGCCACCAUGGCGACGGCGCUGUUGAAGGGCUUCUGCCAGAACGGAUUAGUGGAGGAGGCGCUGGCGCUGCUGGCGCGCAUUGAGCACGUCCCUUUGGACGUCCAUCUCCUUAACGCCUCUAUGGAAGUGCUUUUGCUUUCUGCACAGCCGCAGGCAUGCUUUGCCGCGUUUGACGCGACGCAGUCCUGUCCUCUGCAGCCCAAUGCGGAGACGUAUUCGCUUCUCCUCCUCGCAUGUGAGCGCUCAGGCCUUUGGUGCCGGGCCACCGCCAUCCUCGCCGACAUGCAGCGGCGUCGUGUGAAGGGCGACACCAAAACGCUGAAUUUGCUGCUGAAAGGGCUUCUCAAGGAGCGGCUGCACGACUACGCCCGCCAGCUGUAUGAAACGAUGGUGGCGAAGAAGGUGGAGGUCUGGCCUGCGCUGGACUCUCACAUGCGCCCCCCCGGAAAGCAGAAGAGUAGGAGGAGGCCGCCGCCACCCGCCACCCCCGCCCGCACGACAGAGUCGUGCUGA